ACUCACUUGCCAUUUGUGAUCUGAAACGGAACGCCACGACGAAAUGGAAUGCCAUCUACAAGGAUUGUUGAGGAGGUCAAGCUCAGCAAGCGUCCUUCCAUCCGACGAGUGUGAGCUGGAAACGUCCGGGAAGCAGGUUCUCAAAAGCGUUCCACGCCAGCCUGAACCGUGGUCAUUAUUUGGUCUCGACAAGGAUCAGGUCUUCCACUCCGCAUUUGGAUGUUUCAUGCAUCGGAAAGUGCUCGUCCAGGUACAUGGUAGCAGCUCAUGUGAUUCUGGUGACAUUUCAUUUCAACAUAAUUUUGCCUUCCAGGGUCGCCUUUAUCUUUUUGAGGGUGAAGCUUAUUUUCGUGGGCACCAUCUCAAUGGCAUUGUCACGGUAGGCUCACAAAUGCGCGUCUUCGAAACAUCACUUCAGCUAACGCUUCCAUAUUCUUCUCCAGAUUGCAUUGAACUUCAAAGACGUGACAGUAGUCCGCAAGGCCAAACUUGCUGGAUUUGUCGGCGGCAUUGAAUGCCAUUUGAAAAAUGAGAAGAAGGUACCCUUUUUGCUGUCUUGCUUGAAAAGAAAUCUCUGUUUCUGACUAUUGUUGGCGCUUUCCAGUAUACGUUCGUAUGCUUCCAGCACAAGGAACGUGCCCUGAAGCUGCUUCUUGAGCUAUGGAACAAGUCUAGGGAUUCUGUAAGGCUGGCAAGUUGGUUUGGGAGCAUCAAGCUCAGCUGUAAUUUUCCCUGUGAACCUGGCCGGAUGCUCCCGUAACAUGCGAAACUGAUUGCGCAGGUCGUCCAGCACAAAGGCCUCUACAAUGUUGACCACUUGACCCGCAGCGAGAGUUUUUCAGACCUGUCAGUGUCCUACAUCAUGUUCUUUUUACAGCGGUGCUGCUUCCUUACAUCACUUCGCCGAUUGCAGCGUUCCAGGAGAAGCAAGCUUUGUGCCUGAGGGCACCAGGAGGUCAAGAUGUCGCUCGCUGUCUCUAACUGACAUGGCCAUGAGCUCUGGAUGCAUGGACCUGUCGAGCUGCGUGUUCACUGAGCAGCAGGGUGCAGGUGCACUUAAUAACAACGAAGAACCUUUCUGCAACAAUUGUAGCUCUCCCACUGGACCCGCAUCCAAGUUGAAGUUUAUUGGUGAAAAGAAAUUUCAGGCAAGUGUGGAAGAAGUGUUUAACUCUUUGUUCUCGGAUGACGCAAUUCUCUUUUUGGAGCGUUUUCACACCUCCCAAGGAGACAAAAGUAAGGCAACGAUUCUGAUGUUUUGGCUGGUUCGCAAUCCAGGUUUAAUUAUUAGCUGUGCAUUGAACAGGUUUCCAAUGCUCACGAUGGUCAUCAGAAGAAGGCUCUACCUCGUGGACCCGUUGCAUUUCGUUUCAACAUCCCAUUGACUAUUUUUUGGGACCAAAGUCGACGAACUGUGAAGUUGUGCAGCAUCUUCAGAGAGAGGCCGAUGGCAGUUUCAGUAUUGUUUCAGUGCAGUGCAUGCCAAAGCUUCCAUUGGGUGACUACUUUUCACUUAAGGUAUUCAGCUCUCUCCCCCUGUACACAUAUGCCCUUACCAAGUAUUGACCAUGUUUUCUUUCAGAUGCUGUGGGAAGUUCAGUUGUGUGAUAAUGGAGCAUCAUCCGUGGUCAGAUUGUCUCAAACCACCAUAUUCUCAAAGAAAACGGUUCUUCGGCCGGCAAUCGAGCAGGGAGCUGUUCAGGAAAGCAUUCAGUCGUUCUCUCUGUGGUCGGAAAGGGCAAUCCUGGAGGUUGAAGUGCAGGAAAUUAUCAAGAUCUCGUUUGCAUCGCAUGUUGUUGAGGCAUUCAAAUUCGUUGAUUGUGCGAAGGCCAUGAUGGGUGCGUACCUUGAUGUUUCCUUCUCAUUUGGCAAGACCUAACGCAUGUGCUGUGGAUGCAGAUAAAGAGGGACUGCCUGACAGGCUUCGCCUAGAACUCGCCCACAUUGUUCGCUAUGAGAAUUUUCAAUGUGUGGUAGAUAAAGCCCCCGAGGUUUCAGUGGUUCAAGGUGUUCGGAAGUUUCUUUGCGUCCAUGGCAUUAUGGCAUGCUACAUUCUAUCAGGAGUGUUCGUAUUGCUUGGGGCUCUUUUUUUCUGGAAGUAGCACCCAACAGUUGUGUCAGAGGCGUUACUUGAUAAGAAUGUGAAUU